AUGAGCUGUACGUGUUGUGGCAGAAGUUACGUAACGAUGAACCUGAGUUGCUUGUCACAUUCCAGACCUUCCUCAAGAAAGCGGUCCUAGAAAUCAAUAAGAUGCACGACAGCUGUGACAAUGUAGUCAGGAGUAAAAAUGGUAUCCAUGCUGAUGAUAUGAGGCGACUGUAUGAGGAGAUGGAAGUCUUACUGACACAAGAAAGAGAGACAAUCCGGAAAAAGUAUCGACAAGAAAUGGAGGAGGAGCUAGAAAGAUUAAUGGAUGAGAAAGAUCAAGAAGUUCAUGACCUCAUAGUUAGAAAAAGAGAGCUGGAGUUAUCUCUCCAAGAAUUGGACAAAAAGGAGAAAGAAAAACACACGCAAAAUCAUCAGCUUGAGCAGAUGGUGAUGGAGCUAAGCAGACACGAGGCUAACAUCGUGGCUGAAAACGAGGGGCUAGUAAAGGAGAAUUCACAACUUCGAUUCCGUCUGGACCAAUCAUUAGCUGGCCUGAACGAAACGCAACAACUAUGUCUUCAACUUCAGGAAGAAACAGAACGAGAGAGGGCGUUCAUCGAAAGAGAGUACGCAGAAGCAGUAGUGGAACAGGACAGGAAGUCACGUGAUAGACACAAUCUGGAACUACAACUCGAGAAAUUAAGAGAGAAGUAUGAACAGCUUGUGGAAGAUAACUACAGCGUCAAAGAACCUAAGAGAGUCGGGGUGAUGCAGAUGAGUCGAGUCAGCUCUUAUAGUGACUGCGAGUGCGACCAACAAAUGCAGUUCCUUCAGUUACGGACACCUGACAGGUGUUUCAAGGUUGUAAUGUGCGGCGACUCAGGAGUCGGUAAAUCAAGUUUCGUCCAAAGAUUCUGCCAUAAUACCUUCACAGUGAACACUCAAGUUACGAUAGAGAUUGGAUUCCACAUGAAAUCAUUAGUGCUUGAUAACACAGUAGUAUCACUCCAAAUAUGGGACACAGCAGGCCAGGAAAGGUUUCGAAGUAUUCCCCAUGCGUACUUCCGGAAAGCCGACGGUGUUCUUCUUCUCUAUGAUAUCUCAUGUGAGAAAUCUUUCCUCAAUGUACAGAGCUGGAUAGCUAGCAUCAGGGAGCAUGAUGACAAUGCAGUGAUCAUGUUGACUGGAAACAAAGAAGACCUCGCAUCGCCUUACAGGGAAGUCCCUAGAGAGGCGGCUCUCAAAGUCGCAAGGGAAAACAACGCCCUGUUCAUAGAAACCAGUGCCAAAAAUGGAACAAAUGUUUUCGAGGCCUUUGGACGACUAGCAAGGGAGCUACAAAAGAAGGAGGACGAUACUUCGAGUAGGGUGUACGAGAUGGACGUGGAAGAGCAGAAUAUCGCCUUCGCUCCAAAGAAAAAACGGAGAUGCUGCAACUUCUGAAAUCUAUCCGACCCCGGUGAAAAUUCAAGCGCCAAUCAUCUUAGUCUCACCGCAGGAAAACAUUUUUACCAUUCUAUAGGCGGUGUCAGACAGAGGCAAUUAUCUAGAUAAAAGUUAUCGAGAUAAUCCGUAGCCUGUCUGUCACCUGCCUGUCACCUACAUAAGUGAAUUAUCUGGAUAAAUAUUAUCUAGAUAGUUCAAGAUGGAUCGGGAAAAUUGUGUCUGCCAUCGCCUUAUGAAGAACUUCAAGAAUAAAAGCUACAUGACAGUGACAGCAUUUUUUAUUUUAAUGAGUAUGAUAAUUUGCGUGCACAUUCGUCACGAUUGAAAAGACUUUUAAAGCCUUACUGCACUACUCUAUAUAGAAAACAAUGCCUAAGUGGUGCCCGUUGGCCCCCCCA